AUCUAUGUGUAUGUAACAGUAUGUGGGAACUGUACUGCUCCUGCUUGCUGGAGACGACGCAUCUCCUUCACCACUUCUCGGAUCUCCGCCCAAGAUAGCUUUUCCUGCAAGCUGGGUUUGAGACAGUUCACCAGAGCGUCAGCAAGAUGAGAAUCUCCGACCUCUUCACGUCGGUCGGCAUCAAUGCCGCGCUCGUGUUGCUCUUCUUGUUCCUCUAUUCCAUAUUCCGAGUGCAGUGGAUAAAUGCAAGAGUUUACUAUGCGCGGCACUUUGUGCGGGACAAGGGGUGGGGAAAGCGGAGAGAGCUUGGCUUUAAAGAAGAGCUGAAAAGGCAGGCGAAAGGGAUGCUGGGUUGGGUCCCAAGUGCAGUGAAGACCGCAAUGAAUGAAGAUGAGCUGCUCAGAGUGGCGGGGGUGGAUGCGGUGGUCUUCAUGCGCAUCUUCCGAACAGCUAUACACCUAUUUGCAGUUGCUUGCUUUGUGGGCUUGGUUGUUCUUCUCCCAAUUAACGUCACCGACGAAGCUCUGGCAAUAGAUGCCCAGAGAUACGGCAACUUUACGGUGGACGAGCUGGACACCCUCACGAUUGCGAACGUUCAGAAUGGAUCUAAGAGGCUGUGGGCCCACCUGAUCGCUGUCUACUUCAUCACGUUCUACACCUUUGCGCUGCUCUACCGCGAGUUUCGAUCCAUCGCGUAUCUUCGCCAGAGACAGAUUGCGGCCGCACGCCCCGCUCCAGACCAAUUCACGGUGCUGGUCAUCCACGUGCCCCGGCGCCAGCACAAGAAGGACGGCGUCAGCCGGAGCGACAUGAUCGAGCGCUUCUUCAACAAGUACCACGCACUCACCACUCUUGUCAACCAUCCAGUCUAUCGGGAGCUGCCUGAUGGCGAGGAAGCCGAGCAGCCCAUUACAAGGGCCGAUGAAUUCUUUCGAAAGGUCCACCGCCUGACGUACCACCUGUAUCAACCAGUGUACCAGGCGUCCCACUUGGAGAAGCUCCAUGCGAAGCGCAAGCAACUAGAGCGGCAGCUGUUCAAGGCGGGGGAGCUGCUGCGGCGCCACCCGGAGAAGCGGCCGACGAUGCGGCUGGGCUGGAAGCGCUUCCUGGGGCUCGGCGAGAAAGUGGACACCAUCGAUUGGACGACGCAAGAGCUGACGAGGCUGACGGCCGAGGCACGUGCCGAGCGGAAUAAGAUCCUGGCGGAGAAGGACGACGCGCACGUCGUGCCUGCGGCGUUUGUGUCGUUUAAGAGCCGGUGGGGCGCGGCGGUUGCGGCGCAAACGCAGCAGUCCCCCAACCCGCUGCUGUGGCAGACGCAGUGGGCCCCGGAGCCGCGCGACGUGUACUGGCCCAACCUGUCGAUGCCGUACUGGGAGAACGGGACGCGCCGGCUGCUGGUCACCGCGGCGGUGUUCGCCAUCGUGUUCUUCUACCUCAUCCCCGUCACCUUCGUCCAGGGCCUCACCGAGCUGCGCACGCUCUCGCGCUGGGUGCCGGGGGCGCGCGCGCUCGCGUCCAUCCCGGUGGUGAGCCAGCUGAUCACGGGGUACCUGCCGGCGCUGAUUUUGACCAUCUUCUUGGCGCUGAUGCCGAUGGUCAUGAUGCUGCUCUCCAAGAUGGAGGGCCGCCUCUCGCUGUCCAGCCUCGACAAGGUCGCCUGCUCCAAAAUGUUCUACUUUUUGGUGGUCAACGUCUUCUUCGGCACCGUGUUUGCGGGCUCCGUAUUCAACAAGCUCAACUCGUUCAUUGACCAGCCCAAGUCCAUCCCCAACGCGCUCGCCGCAGCCAUCCCGCAAAAGAGCACGUUCUUCAUCACGUACAUCGUGACGUCAUGGGCGGGGUUCGCCCAGGAGGCCCUCCAGACGUUUUCCCUGGUGCGGUACUAUUUGCAGUACGGCACCACCGCGCGCACCGAGACGGACCGCGAGCGCGCGCGCCCGCCGCCCACCAUGCCCCUGCACUCCACCGCCCCCAAUCUGCUGAUCUUCGUGCUGCUGGGCCUGGUGUACUUUCCGGUGGCGCCCCUGCUGCUGCCCUUCCUGCUCUUUUACUUUCUGCUGGGCUUCGCGGUGUGGGCCAACGAACUGAUCCACGUCUACGAGCCCGCCUACGAGAGCUACGGCCAGUUCUGGCCGUUCGUGCACAAUCGGUUCAUCGCGUCCCUGGUGAUCAUGCAGCUCAUGAUGGCUGGUUUGUUGGGCUUGAAGCGCGCCCCGAUUGCCGCCCCGCUCAUCGUGCCGCUCAUCGUGCUCACGCUGCUCUUCCACAAGUUCUGCAACGACCGCUUCCUCGCAACCUUCAGCAACUACUCGCUCCAGAGCGCUGCGGACAAGGACCUGGCCGAGAGCGACGCCGAGUUCCACCAGGACCUGGCCUUCCUCCAGGACGCCUAUUUACACCCCGGCCUCCGAGAGGAAGCGUUCGAAGAUGCUGUGAACGACGUGGAAGAAGGUCGGCGGCGGGAGGUCGAAGACGCUUUCGGGGGCCCGAGCCGGUUCAUCGAAGCCCCGGGGAACAUGGGCGUGGCGGUGAAGCCCACGUUGCCGGACCCGUACGACAUCCCCGAGCCCAAUGAACGGCUGGACGCAGCGGACGGUUCGGACACGUCCUCGCUCAGACCGCCCGGCUCGCCGCAGAGCGAACACGGAACCGGGGACAGGAUCGUGCCCGCGGGGAGGCCGCAUUCGGUACACGAACAGCACGCAGCGCCGGGAUCGGAGAUUACGGAAUGAAAGUGACGUGUCGAAAGACACGGGGUUUUGGCAAGCACCGUAUAUUUGCGCGCAUGUACCAUGUUUACGGCUAGCCUGAGUUUGUGUAGGUAGGUAAGCUCGCUGCUUUUGUUGACGUACUGAGGGAUCAUUGAUGCUCGUUGCGGAAUGACGCCGCCCGCGGCUUCUCUUGUCAGUAAAGGCAUGCGUAGAUCCAAUAGGAACGGAAUUCUAAAUGUAAUCUACGUCCCAAAAUUGCGAUUGCAUGCAGCUUUUCAAGGAGCGAGACCAUGAACGUCGGACUUGACAGUUUGCGUUGGCCUCAACAAGUGCGCAAGUCUCAUGUAGGGACGCGGGGGCUGCAUCAGAAGGAUUUGGUGCACGGUUUAAUGCCUAACAGUACGGGCGGUGCCGGAACUCAUCCAUUGAGCUAAGCUGGUGAAAGUAGGCCCUGCCACACCAUCAGUACCAUACACUAGACAUGACCUUGCGUGGGUGCAUCAGUGCACGACAUUGACACCGUGACCCCGCAACCGUUCUCUUUUAAAGCUAUACG